AUGAAGUUCUCUACCACCUCCGUCCUGCUCGCCGCCGCCCUCGGCGUCUCUGCCCACCCCAGCGGCCACGCCCACAAGCGCGCCCACAACUCCGCCGUUGAGGCCCGCGGCGACUUCGUCAUGGCCAACAAGCCCGCUGAUGCUCCCACCACCACCAGCGCGGGCCCCGUCGCCACCACCACCGCCGCUGCCCCUGCCUCCAGCAGCACCGGCUCCGCGACCGUCAAGCCCUUCUGCAGCGGCAACAGCAAGCGUGCCACGCAGGCUGAGAUUGCCUACAAGGGCAACGUCGGCGCCGGCACCUACGGAUGCAACAUCAUGACCAUCGACGAAAGCCUGAUCGAUGAGUACCAGUACACCGUGCUCUUCAAGAACGCCGGCGCCGACACGACAUGCUUCUGCUGGAACAAAAUCGGACCCGACGGCGGAAUCAACGGUUUCUUCAAGGGUAACCAGGCCAUCACUUUUGACGUCCCCGCCGGUGGCUCGCAGCCCAUCGCCGUCGACACCAACUCUCAGAUCGGCUGCGCCUGCGGUCCCAACGGUCCUCCGCUGACCACCAUCGGCCAGUUCGCCGGCACCUGGUUUGAGGGCGACUUUGGCAACAUGUCCAACGGCGGAUGGUCCGGCGCUGACGCCUCUUCCCUGGUCGCCGCCGCCGCCGGCAUGACCAUCCCCGGUCUCAAGGUCUGCGGAACCGGCUCUACUGCCGGCACCUGCUCCAUCAUCUACCCCGGCGGCAAGGGCGACAAUGCCUUCACCGCCGGCACCGAGGCCCUGGACGGCCUGGGCCUCAACAUUGCCCCCGGCAAGACCUCCCUCGUCGUCACCAUUGACUACCAGGGUUAG